AGCUAAAAAUGCAGAUAGGUUUAACCGCAAAUGCAAAAUCCCGUUUGGGACAUAGUUUUUGCCCAGUUGUAAAUUGUGAGGUGGCCGCAAUUUGCAUGCCAAAAGUGAAAAUAAAAAUAACUGAAAUGUUUCGUCCAUGUUUUCCAUGUUCUUGGUACCACGACACAACCGCAAAAUCCAAAAUAGUUCCAAUGGACAUCAAAUGUCAACAGCAGCAUCAGCAUCAGCAUCAGCCCCAUCACCAGCAACAUCAGCAGCAACAGCAACAGCAGCAUGUAUCUGGCACAGGAGCCGGACAUACAGGACCCAUUGCAAUGGGGCACAAUCAACUGAUGUUGCACGGAAAUGAGCGCAUGUUAACAACACCAACAACAGCAGCAACAAACACUACGAGUUGUCAACCGACCGCCAGCAAGACAGCAGCAGGAGCUGGAGUUGGAGUAGGCGGUGCUGGCGCAGGGGCAAGCACAGGAGCCAGCUCCCACAAUGACAAAAUGGCGUCAGCAAGCCGAAAUGUCAACGGAAGUUGUAUCAACCACAGCAACACCAACAGCAGCAGCAGCAGCAACAACAGCAGCAGCAUGGUCAAUGCACAACAGCAACAACAGCAACAGCAGCAACAACAAACGUUGACAAUGACAAUGACAAGAACGGGAGAAGGAGUGGGUGUGGGUUCAGGUCCUGGCCCUGGUCCACCAAUGCAGCUGAACAGCCACCGCGUCACCUUAGGCGAAUGCAGUCUCAAUGAGCUGGAUGGCUUUCCAUCGUCAGCAGUAGCACCACCACCGCCAUCAGCACCAACGCACACACCACAAGCGCCUCAAAUGCUGCAGCAGCACAAUCUAAUGGGCAUAGGAGGAAUGGGCGACACAAUGGCUUUAAGUAUGAGCAAUCAUUGUGCCUAUUGCUGCCAGCCAAUUUGUGAUCGUUAUAUUAUGCGAGUUGUGGACAGCUCGUUUCACGAGGGCUGCUUGAAGUGUACUGCAUGUGCCCAGCAUUUGGUGCACUCUUGUUAUGCGCGAGAUGGGAAACUCUAUUGUCGCUUGGACUACGAGAGACUCUACUUGCGUAAUCGUUGCCUUGGCUGUGGACACAAAAUUGCUGGCGAUGAGCUCGUGAUGCGCUCCCAGGAAAAUAUCUUCCAUCUCAAGUGCUUUGCCUGCGUUGUCUGUGGAGCCCUGCUAAAGAAGGGCGAGCAGUAUGUGGUCAAGCAGGGACAGCUCUUCUGUCGCUUCGACUAUGAAAAAGAGGUCGAAAUGCUGCAGGGCUAUGACUUUUAUGGUGAUGACCUGUUUCCACCUAAAAUGGAUGGUCGUCGUGGACCGAAGCGACCACGCACCAUUCUCAACACCCAGCAACGGCGUGCCUUCAAAGCAUCCUUUGAGGUCUCACCCAAGCCCUGUCGCAAAGUGAGAGAAAAUCUAGCAAAGGAUACGGGACUGAGUCUAAGGAUUGUACAAGUCUGGUUUCAAAACCAACGCGCCAAAGUCAAGAAAAUACAGAAGAAAGCCAAACAGGAGCCACCCGCCAAAAGUGUUAGCGACACACACUCUCAAGAUUCGCAGGAGUCCCAGGAUAGCAGCUUGACGACCAAAAUCAAGGACGAAGCGCAGAGUGACAGCGAAUCGCAACAGGAAUCGCCAUUCUCUGCAACCUCCGACGGACUGACAAGAUUGCGCUGCAACAUCAAGGAUGAACAGGAACAGGGCACUUUAAGCUGCAUGGAAACCAACAAGGAAAACUGCAACAAGAACAGCGAGCCCAUUCUGAACACCAUACUGGGUUUGAGCUAUGCGACCUUUCAGCAGCUAAUGGGUCCCUUCACGCAGACACCAAUGAUCAAUCCGAUCGAUCGGCUCUACAGCAUGCAGAGCUCCUACUUCCGGCCCGAGGAGCUGGGCGCCUAUGGCGAAUGUGGCGGCAAGGAGUCCAUGGAUCACUAGUUCCCGCCAGCAGCUAAACACAAUUUUAAGCCAAAAUCAAAAUUAGAACUUGUAAAAUAAACAAAAAAUGUUAAUGUGCUAGAAACUCGAUUAACGUAGUGGUGCAGCAGCACGUGCAGAAA